AUGGACAAGAACAGGAAUCAGGUGUCUGAAAAGAUAUUAAGUAUCACCUUUGAGAUCAUCUAUCUGCUCACUGGAGAGGUAUUAUUGGAAUGUCCUAAAUGUCCAAGCAGUAUUAAAAUAAUUGCCUUUCAAUUAAAGGGUUACUCCAACCAAAAAACAGUGUUUUAUAAACCAGUGUUUUCAUUUUGCACAGAAUGUUUGUUAGCUACUCAGGAGCCUUAGCUAGCCUGGAAUCAAUGAAUGGUCGUGGUAUUUUGAGUUACCCUUUAAGGUGAAAAUAUUUCUCCAUACUUUUUUGGGGACUUAAUGACCUGUGGAAACAUAAUUCUUUCAUAGACAUGAACGUGCAAUGAACACAUGCGCAUGCAGAAGUUACCAUGUUACUUGUGAUAUUGUACUGGCAUCAAAGCUGACAACUAAUGGGUCGGAUGUGGGUCCAAUUAACCCAGAAGAAAUAAAAGAACACUUUGCAAUACCACAAUCUUACUGCCCUUUUUCCCACUACCUGACAUACUAAGGCCAUGUUUAAAGGGACACUAUAGUCACCUGAACAACUUCAGCUUAAUGAGGUUGUUCAGGUGAGUGCUACAGCUCCCUGCAGCCUUUUUCUUGUAAGCAAGGGGUGAUAUAUAUUAGGCAGCAAGUGAAGAGUCAUUUCUUGAAUUUAAUGUGUUGGAAGCAUGAAAAAUGGGCAAGCAGAAAGAUCUGAAUGACUUUGGCAAGGUCCAAAUAGUGAUGGCUAGAUGACUGGGUCAGAGCAUCUCCAAACUGGCAAGUUUUGUGGGGUGUUCUCAAUAUGCAGUGGGUAGUACCUACCAAAAGUGUUGCAAGCAAGGACAUCAGGUAAACCGGCAUCAAAGUCAUGGGUGCCCAAGACUCAUUGAUGCAUGCCCAUCUGGUCCAAUCACACAGAAGAGCUACUGUAUUUCAAAUUGCUGAAAAGGGUGUCAGAACACACAAUGCAUCGCAGUUCUUGUGUAUGGGGCUGCAUAGCAGCAGAUCAGUCAGAAUGCCCGAUGACCCCUGUCCACCUUCGAAAGUGCCUCCAAUGGGGACUUGAGUAUGAGAACUGGACCAUGGGGUAAUGAAAGAAGGUUGCUUGGUCUGAUGAAUCACAUUUUCUUUUAUAUCAGGUGGGUGGCCAGGUGCAUGUGUGUGGUUUACCUGGGGAAAAGAUGCAUGAUGAAUUGUGGGAAGAAUACCAGUCGACAGAAGCAGGGUUAUGCUCUGGGCAAUGUUCUGCUAGGAAAUGUUGGAUCUUAGCAUUCAUGUGGAUGUUACUUUGACAUGUACCACCUACCUAGAAAUUGUUGCAGACAACGUACACUCCUUCAUGGCAAUGGUGUUACCUGAUGGCUGUGGUCUCUUUCAGCAGGAUAAUGCACAUGGCAAACAUUGUUCAGGAAUGGUUUGAGGGACAUGACAAAGCGUUCAAGGUGUUGCAUUGACCUCAAAAUUUCCCAAAUCUAAAUCCAAUUGAGCAUCUGUGGGUUGUGCUGGAACAACAACUCCAAACUAUGGAUGCCCACCUUACCACUUGCAGGAAGUAAAGGAUCUGCUGCUAAUGUCUACCACUGGACACGAUCAGAGGUCUUGUUCAGUCCAUGCCUUGAUGCAUCAGACCUGUUUUGGCAGUAUGAGGGGGACCUACUUGUUACUAGGCAGGUGGUUUUAAUGGUGUGGCUGAUCAGUGUAUAGCUUGUGGAGUAUGGAUUGUCAUUAAGUUAUGGAUGCAGCUAACUUUCACUUAGUUAUAGGGUUGUGAAAAAAUGUAGUAUUGACUGUUAAUUCCCUUACUAUUUUUAUUGAUCUACAGCACCCAAGCCCCACCCCCUACUCACUGGCAUGUGGGAAGUCUGGCUUUCCCAUUCAUCCUUCGUGUACUUGGACAGGAGACGGUGUGAGCACAGCUCUCCUUACUUUGUACACAGUAUAGAUUCUAGUUUUAUUAGUAGAUCUUUAUUUAUGGAUCAUUUUCCACUAACAGGAGAUGAGCAUUCAAAUGCCGUGGGACUGCACUUUAGGGUGUAAAUAUAAUAAUUAUUAUUUUUCUUAAGACUUGUUUUUCACACUUGUCAAGAUCCCCCUCUCUAAACCCAUCAUGUCCCAUAUGGUAAGAUUUGGUUGUUUCGAGAUUUGAUCUUUCUCAAUGUAUAGGAUUAUAUGAUCGUGAAAAAGCCUGGUGACUCUAUCAGACAGAGUAGCAGCUCCUGUGUGUCAGAAGAGUCCUGCAAAGAUCAGAGCCCCUGCAUGGUGCCUUCACUUCACUCACUGAUACAGGACAGGAAAAAUGAGAAAAAGAUCCUGGAACUGACCAAUCAGAUCAUCCAGCUGCUGGCUGGAGAGGUGAGGCUGCUGGGAAUGGGACAUUAUGCAGUAAAACCAAGGGAUGUGUCUGGAUGGUGACUGUAUCAUUGGGUGUGGAAAUAUGAUAAGGAGUUACUGUCACUUUCUCCAUGUAGGUAGAGGAGUAUGUAGGACAAAAGAAUCGUCACAGUGACAGCACGCUGAAAAAUCGCAAGCCUUCCAGCUCACCAGGUGAGACUUAUUUUUUUACGUGCAUUUAUUUGGGACUUGAACCAACAAUGCAUUGAAUUUAAAGGGUUACUUCAAGAACCACGACCACUUCAGCGUUUUGAAGUGGUCAUGGUGCAAGGAACCUAUAUGUGCUUUUUUUUUUUUUUUUUUUCCACUAUAUUUUGAAACUGGUAUUUCAACUGUGUUGAGCAUAGAUGAUAUUAUUUUUGGAUGUUGUAAGAACUAUUCAAUAAUUUCUCAUUCCUAUUUCUUCCUCAGAUGUCCAAAUCAAAGAUGGGAAAAACAUCAGAAAAAGUCAGGGAACAAAAAAUGUUGUAAUAAAUAAUUCACAGAAGAGGCACAGCAAAUCUGUAAAAAGUAAUGACACAGGUGCACAUGAAGAAGGAAAUCUCACAGACUUGGAAACUGAUAGGGCCACAAAAUGUACACAGGUGAGAUGUGCAUCUAUUGAUAUUAAAGGAGAAUUCACAGACGAUCAUCAACUGAGUGCUGAUAAGGAUACAUCCAUGGACUUAGAAUAUACCCAGAUUCAUAUCAAGGAGGAAUUUUUCUCAGAUGAUGAAGAAGGGAAUGUCACAGACACUGACAUUUAUACGCCUACGGAAUAUACACCUGGUCAUAUUGAGGAGGAAUCCACGUUUUGGGAAAAUGGUAAUUUUACGGACAAUAUGUAUGGACGAACGGAAUAUAAAGGAUUACAUAUCGAUAUAAAGGAGGAAUCCUGCUCGUCUGAGGAAAGAAAUUUAAACGAAACUGUACCUACAGAACAUACGCGUAUAGACUAUACAGUUAAGAGUAAAGAACAGAAAAAGAAAAAAAGUGUGACAUCAAAAACAAACAAAACCCCCUCGGCACUGGAGUGCAGUGAAUGUGGUAAGACAUUUAGCAAAUUAAAAGCUUUUAUAUCGCAUCAGAGAAUACACAGGGUUCCAAGGUUGUAUAACUGCUGCGAGUGUGAGGAAUCUUUCACAAAUAACGCAGAUCUUUUUAAACAUCAUCAGACCCAUAAAGUGAAAGGCCUGUCCUGCUCUUAUUGUGGGAAGUGCUUCACCUAUAAAACAAACCUUGCUAUACACAUGAAGAGCCACACAGGACAGAAGCCGUAUUCUUGUCCUGAGUGUGGGAAGACUUUUACUUACAAUUCGUAUCUUGUUCGGCAUCAGAAAACUCACAGAGGAGAGAAACCGUUUUCCUGUUCAGAGUGUGGAAAAUGUUUCACCCGAGGUUCCUACCUUGUUCAUCAUCAGCGGAUCCACACAGGAGAAAAGCCGUUUUCUUGUUCGGAAUGUGGAAAAUGUUUCACCCAAAGCUCAAGUCUUGCUAGACACAAAGUUAUUCACACAUCAGGAAAAAAUAUUUUUAUAAGUUGA